AUGUUUGCCGCCGCGAGUUCGUUAACGACGACGACGAUAUCGUCAAAGUCGAGUUUAGGAGGAUAUCGGGGAAAAGAAGUUGUGCAAAAAUCCCGAUCCUCUAUGAUGAGAAGUACUGCUAGGAGAAACAAUGUAAACGUCGUCGUCCGAGCUGAAGCGCAAAAGACCAUCGACAUGAACGAGUCUCGCACGUAUUACUUUUGCAUCGCGAACGCGGAUUUUAUGCUCAACGACGAAAACAACGAACACUUCCCGGAAAUCUUGAGAGAACGAAGACGAUUUUACCGAGAGACUGAGAAAUUGCAAGACUUUUGGAUCGUCCCGAACCCAACAUUUUUGGACGCCAUGCCGGAAAUAAAGAAAAAAAUUCGGCAACCGUGCGUGGCGGUGAUGACCACGGACGAGGUGUGGAACACGUUUAUUAAGUUAAGAAUGGACCGAGUGUAUAAAGGUUCCGUGGAAGGGACUGGAGCGGAGUUGUUGAAAUCGAACGAGUUAAUCGCCGCGGACGCGUUUCCGCCGGUGGACCCGGCCAAGUGGACGGCGCCGUAUAACAAAUACUCGCCCGGGUGGUGGGAAGUGUUUUACCCCGGGGCGGAUUGGACGCAAGGGUACCAAGCGACGGUGAAUCCGUUGGCAGAAGAGGGGGUUGAGCGCACUGGGGCGUAA